AUGCACAAGACCACGCGACAGAUCUGGGCAACAUCGUCCCCUUCGUCGUGUCUCUUUUGCGACCUUCAACUUUUGUUUCCCCGAGGCACCGUCUCCAGAGCAACCCCAUCGACGACUAUUGGCGGAGUCAGGACACAAGCGCGUGAAAACUCGACUUUGGCGACGCGGAUACAACCACGGACGUCUUCGGGGCGAGGACAGCUCUCGUCGCGCCUCGGUCUCUUUGGACCCCGCGCAAGAUCCACUCUGCCCACGUCAACCGCGCUGGUACAUCCACCACGGCCCCAGCGACAUGCAGUCUGUACAUAUACCACCAAGGCAUCGGCCAGGAAUGAGCAGAGCGCUCAUGAUACCAUCACCACCGUCACCUACAGGAGCACAGCUGCAAAAACAAUCUCGCCAUGCGAAAGCUACGUUCUCCAGCACUCUCACUCACUCGGAAUGGACCAGGCUGGUCUAGUUUUGACAGGACCUCGGUUAUUAGCAGGAUCCAGAACACCUCUGAGGACUCGCACACGCCUCCUCUCGACAUCCACUUCGCCUUCAGUCGUCUCCGAGACCGACUCAGAGGGGCCACUUUUAAUUUCCGCACCGACCUCAACAUCAUCAACAUCAGCAGUCGUUCAGGAAACCAAUACAUCCACUCUCAAUGAACCGGCAACAAAAUCCGACUUUCAGUCGCUUUUUCCGGAAAUACCAGCAUCAUUCGUAGACGAAUCGUCUCGGGAUCCGUUCUUGUCACCGGUUUCGGAUGCACCUUGGCGGAGUGGCGCAAUGGUCGAAGGCUUGGGUCUGGAGGAGUCGUUGCGAAAAUCAGUCUAUCAGAGAGAUCCGAUCGGGACAUGGUGGCCCUUGUACGAGGAGGUCGCUGGUCAGUGGCGGUCGCCCAUUCGCCAGGAGCAUGCGUUAGGGCGCGCGGACUUUAUUCGAUUCAUUGGCGCCCUCAAGGUUUCGCCACAACCACCACGAGACACCAGCAGACUGACGAAACUUGAGCAGGUCUUUGACGAUUUCCACCGUGCCAUCACCAAGCCUAAAUCCAACGCCAAGGUGUACGGAGCCUUCCUGGGAACACUGCAUUUCUGGAAGAUGGACGAUGUAAUUCCUGCUUGGAUUGCUCGUAUCAAGGCAACCAUCCCAACCAACACCCCCACAGCCCUUUUUGGAUCCGCCACUCAUGUCCGCGAAUGCCCUCAGGAGCAGUACCACGACCUCAUCCGCGCGUUGGUCGACCUGGGUCAAGCAGAUGCUGUUCGACAGUGUGUCGAAGAGCUAAACCACAGUCGAUCUGAGCAGCUUCGCCCCUCAGUCAUGGCGUACGACUUGCUGAUGGAGAGUUGCAUGAUGCGCAAAGACACAGCCGGCGCUGCCAAGGCUUUCCAGGAGAUGCAGGACCAGGAACUGAAGCCCGAGCUGACGAGUUUCAAUACUCUUUUGCGGGGACACUUGGAAAACAAGGACGCACGAGCCACGCAGCGUGUGCUGGAGAGCCUUCUUCUGACGGACAUUCGGCCCGACAUUUACACUUUCAACCUUCUGAUGUCAGGGUAUCUGGAGAUGGGCGAGAUCGACCUCGUCAAUGGCUUCUACAAGGGCUUGGGAGAAUACGGACUGACACCCAACUCCAAAACGUACCGGAUCUUGAUGAAAUCUCAUAUGCGGCAGGGCAAAGUCGACCAAGUCGUUGAGUUGUUCAGUAGACUGAAGGAGAGCACCCAGUCGGACUUACACCCACGUUCGGAGGAUUACCGAGUCCUGUUGCAGGCGCUAGCGAGCAACGGAAGGAUGUCUGAUGCUCUGCGUGUGUUGCGAGAGAUGACCGAGACGGCCAAGACACCCGUUACCACUCCGAUUUAUAACGUGUUUGUGGCCCAGUACGCGCGCGAUGGCCAGAUCGACAAAGCCUGGAGGAUCCUGGACAAGAUUAUCGCCGCCAAACUGCCGCUGAUUGAUGGGAGCAUCAACCCUUUGCUUCGGGCAUAUCUGGCCAGACGGGACUUUGACAAAGUCAGCGAGAUCACAGAGCUCAUGAACCGGUAUGGAGUCACGCCUUCCAAGACGACGUUCAACAUCAUGAUCCACUCGACCAAGGUUUCAGAUAACCUGGAUGUCGCCACGCAGCUCUACGAGAGGAUGAAGGUGGAAGGGAUCACGCCGGAUGUGUGGACCUACAACGCUCUUUUGGAUCUCUUGGUGGAGAAGCUCAAGCCUGUUCGCGAGAGUAUUCGGCGGAAAGGAGACCCGAAUGCAGUGAGGAAGGCACAAGUGGAGGAAUAUGUACCCAGGAUCGAGUCGCUUCUGCAAGACAUGAAAUCUAGAGGGAUUCGGCCGGACAUUGUCACCUACGGGAAGCUGAUCCAUCAGUAUGUUGUCCUCCGGGACAUUGAGCAGGCGGAGACGCUGUUUCACGAGAUGGUCAAGUCUGGGAUUUCACCCAAUACGUACGCUUUCAACACGCUGAUGAACGGGUUUGCGCUGAUCGAGGACAUGGACAAGGCCGUAGAGCUCUUCCGGAGGAUGCCCAAGCAUGGUGUCCAACCUGACGCGACAACGUUUACGACUCUGAUCAAGGGUUACGCCAACCUCAAGCAGAUGGCUCUUGCUCAGGAUUUUGCCAACUCGCUUCAACAACAGAGCUCAAAGGUUCAGAUGGACCAGCACUGCCUUCACAUGCUGAUGCAGUUGGCUCAAAAAUCGCACCAGCCCGGGAUGGCGCUCGAUUUUUUCGAGAUGAUGAGGGGUCGUGGGAUGGAGCCUGACAACGUAACCUUCACGAUCUUGAUCAACUCUCUCAGUCGUCAGUACACCACCGCGUCGUCCAAGGGCAGGCCUGGGUCCCGGAACCGCGUGAAUCGCCGAUCAGGAGGGGAUCAAGCCGCAGGAAUAUAUGAGGGCAUGCAGUCGCAUUCAGCCGCCGAGGCUGUCGAGUCGAUUCUCGGUGUUCUCCAGCAGGAUGGCGCUCCACUCCACCACUCAGGCAUCACCACCGUGAUUUCGGCCUACUUCCGAUUGGGACGUCCACUGGCAGCGAUUGGAUUCUUUAAGAACAGCUUUUGGAAGGGCCAACCCAAGCUGAGCACGACCAAUUGUGGAGCACUCUUCCAUGGACUCUUGGCACCCGAGCUUGGCCGCCGGUACGACGGGAUUGUCCUCAAUCUCUACACCCGCAUGCUACUAGGCACCAAGCAGGCGAUCCGCGCAGAGGAGGCAGCCAAGCAAUCGUUAGAGAAUCCGUUGAGUGCCGAUACUCUGACCCACGCUGAGCCUACCAAAAAGGGACAUGUCUCCUGGGACUCUUCCAUGCUGCCAACCGCAUCCAAGUCUACCAAGACGACGGUGGCAUCCAAGGACAAGGUUAAGUUUGUGCCGCCACACGAUCUCCCUAUCCUGGACCUAGUCACCUUCAACAUCCUGUUCCAAUCUUUCUCCAAGAAAAACAACUGGUCGAUUGUCCUUCAGCUUUGGCAGGACCUAGAGUCGGUCGGUGCCGAGAAGCUGUACCCGCAUGAGAUGCCUCUCGAGUUCCUGGGCUGGGCUGCUCAAGCCCAUCACAUGAUCUCUGAACGUCGUAAUAGCCAUGACGGGGAGCCGCCACGAUCGUCUUCCUUUGCGAAAGCAAGCGACGAUGAUGAAACGCCUGCCGAGACCCAUGCUGAGAAGGCCGAGAAGCUUUUGAAGCAACUGUGGAAUGCCCACCACAAGAUGGGCGCUGAAUGGAGUACCCGGAUCUAUGGAUACAACAUAUUCAAGUCUCUCUUGCCGGCGCCCUUGUCCACAGCCGCAUCCGCGAGCCCCGUUCAGCCAUCGUCGGUUGCCAGUAGCCACCACAACAACAACAACAGCUCUUCGCUGCUGUCGUCCUUUUUAUCGGACGGCGUGAACCAGGCGAGCUACCAUCACAAGUCGGCGACAUCGACCCAUUCAUCCUCAUUUGAGGAGGAGUUGAAAGGAACCGAGCAACAGAGCCACUAA